ACCGGCGCUGCCCCCAUCGGAACUGCCGCCGUCAGAAAAGAGUUCAGGCUACCGCAGGUGUCGCUGCCGAAGAAGGGAGCUACGUUUCUGUGAUUCUGACCGCUGGGAGUGCUUCUGUGACUUUCGAGACCACCGCUAAAGUUUUUGGCUGCUUCUGCCGUCCGCAUCUAUCGCCGAAAACAGCCGUUGAGUCCUCGAUGUUGGUAAGCUCUAACCCUGCUUUAGCUUCUUUAUCUGUUAAUUUCUCCAUUGCCAUGAGAGUUAUUGUUAAGGUUGGUUGUGCUAAGAGUUUAUCGCGAGUUGCCGUCGUUCUAGUCACCGGCUGUGGCGUUGGUGUUGCCAGAACCACCUCUGAUGCUACCGCUACUUGGUUCCCUCGAAGUUGCUGUGGUUACUGUGAAAGUGGCUUAGAGCUGAGGUUGCGGUUGUCGGUGAUUUCGGGUGAGAGAGAAGGUUCCUGUGACGCGUUUGGGUUAUGGUUUUGCGUAUUGAGGAUAUGGACGCUGAAGUCACGAAGAGUUUACCUAGUUGUUGUCGUGAUGUUUUGUAUUGCUUUAGUUAUUGAUUAUUGUUCCCUCGCCUUUAUUUUUAUACAUUCUGUAAGAGGGAUAGGAAUUGUAUUGGUUGAUGCUUGUAAAACUAUUUAAUAUAUAUAUAUACAUAUGUAUGUACUCUUUGUGAGUUUUUGUAAGUUGUAUUGUAUGUAUGGAUGUACGUUUCAUAACAAAUGUAUUUUGGAACGGUAUUGCGGUUUAAAGUUUUAAACAGGCGCAUAUUUUAGUAAUUAAAUAGUAUAAGAGUCAUCGUAAUAUCCGAGCCAUCAGAGUGGUGUAGCCAGAAGCGUGACUUGUGAUAGUUAGGGUGUUACACCAUGAGGUGACGAGAGGAGUCCGCACGAGCACAGGGUUCAACAAGCCAAGACAGAGGAGGCAGAGGUACAGACGGUGGAGGAAGCAGAUACUGGCGGCGUAGAGAUGACGUAGGGGAAUCGACAAGAGGAGUGAUGACUUUCAUUGGUUAUCGUUGUUUUGUGACCGCUGUGGUGAGUGUCCUAGUGAGGCAAGGAGGAGGGAGAAUAUGGAGAGUGAAUAGGUGAUAGAAGACGACAAGGUUGUGGUGGUCCUAGCAGCAGCAACAACGCAGCAGCCUCAAGUCUGAUUCUUUGAUGGUGGUCUUGGGUACCGGGACGACGAUGAUGCUUCUUCAACUAGGAGAUGAGAAAAACUGAAUAAGGAUAAACUUGAAAUUAUUAAUUUAAAUUGAGAGUAUUUUCAAAAGAAAUUAUUAGUUAAAUUUCAAUUCUCAUCCUAGAAAUUUUAGUCUCUGUAUCCCGACUUUUUGAAGGUACUAAAGAGACUAAAAUUUUGUCUCAGGACUAAAAUUUUAAUUUUAAUCUCUGACCACCAAAUAUAAUACUAAGUCUCAAUCCCUUAAUGCCAAUCCUAAUACCCCGCACCAAAUGUUACCUAAGUAUUCUGGCCUAACAAAAUUAUGUGUAAAUAUUAUUUUCUCAUGAACAAAAUUUUGUUACUUAUUUCAUUU